AACUGCUUUAAUGGAAAAAAAUUUCAUGCUUCGAUCGUAGGACCAGUCAAGCGCACUUUUAAAGAACACAAACAACAAAGCUUCAAUGGCCAUUUGAGAUCUCUCUCCCUCUCUCUCUCUCUCUCUCUCCCUCUCUUUCUCUUUCUCUCUCGGAUUCGCCCUCGCUGAUCUAACAACGGUUAUCACUUUCCAAACGCAAUCAAUGGCAAAAAAUCAUCAGAGUUGCUCGACUCAGCUUAUUGAUGGAGAUGGUGCAUUUAAUGUUGAUGGGAUAGAUAAUUUUAUCAAGGAAGUAAAACUGGGGGAAUGUGGACUCUCAUAUGCUGUGGUCUCCAUAAUGGGCCCACAGAGCAGUGGAAAGAGUACACUAUUGAAUCAUUUGUUUGGAACAAACUUUAGGGAAAUGGAUGCAUUUAAAGGAAGGUCUCAAACCACUAAAGGUAUUUGGUUGGCAAGAUGUGCUGGUAUUGAACCAUGCACGCUGGUGAUGGACUUGGAGGGUACUGAUGGAAGAGAACGGGGAGAGGAUGAUACUGCAUUUGAAAAGCAGAGUGCUCUCUUUGCCCUUGCUGUUUCAGACAUAGUGCUAAUAAACAUGUGGUGCCAUGAUAUAGGCCGGGAGCAAGCAGCAAAUAAGCCUCUCUUAAAGACUGUAUUCCAGGUUAUGAUGCGGUUGUUUAGUCCACGUAAAACUACUUUGAUGUUUGUCAUAAGGGAUAAAACACGGACACCAUUGGAAAAUCUAGAACCUGUGCUGAGAGAAGAUAUUCAGAAGAUAUGGGACUCUGUUCCUAAACCACAAGCCCACAAGGAAACUCCGCUAAGUGAAUUUUUCAAUGUUGAAGUAGUUGCCCUCUCCAGUUUUGAGGAAAAGGAAGAGCAAUUCAAAGAGCAGGUUGCUAGUUUGAGAGAGCGUUUCUUCCAUUCUAUUGCUCCUGGUGGACUUGCUGGAGACCGACGGGGUGUGGUUCCAGCUUCAGGGUUUUCAUUCAGUGCACAGCAAAUAUGGAAAGUGAUCAAGGAGAACAAGGACCUUGACCUUCCAGCUCACAAGGUCAUGGUGGCAACUGUUCGCUGUGAAGAAAUUGCCAAUGAGAAGUAUGCCUUUUUCACUGAAAAUGAGGACUGGCAACAAUUGGAAGAAGAUGCUCAGUCUGGCCCGAUUCCUGGCUUUGGGAAGAAACUCAGCUCAAUCCUUGAUAAAUGCUUAGCAGAAUAUGAUGCAGAGGCUACAUAUUUUGAUGAAGGCGUCAGAUCUGCAAAGAGAAAGCAGCUUGAAGAAAAAUUACUGCAACUUGUCCAACCAGCUUUCCAAUCUGUAUUGGGCCACUUAAGAUCUGGAGCCCUGGACAAAUUCAAGGAUGCUUUUGAUAAGGCUUUGAAUGGAGGCGAAGCAUUUUCUUCUGCUGCUCAAACUUGUAGUCAAUGUUACAUGACUAUGUUUGAUGAACGAUGUGCAGAUACUGUUGUUGGACGAGCAAACUGGGAUACAUCUAAACUUCGGGAUAAGCUUAGGCGUGAUAUCGAUGCCCAUAUUGUUUCUGUCCGCACUGCAAAGCUAUCUGAACUGACUGCACAGUAUGAGUCAACAUUGAAUGAGUCGUUAUCAGGACCUGUGGAAGCUCUCCUAGAUGGAGCUAAUAAUGAGACCUGGGCUGCAAUAAGAAGGCUUCUUGAACGUGAAACUGAAUUAGCUGUCUCUGGACUAGCUAAUUCACUAACUGGUUUUGAUAUGGACGAAGAAACUAGAAAUAACAUGCUUAAAAGCCUGGAGGAUUAUGCCAGAAGCCUGGUAGAAACAAAAGCAAAGGAAGAAGCUGCCAGGGUUUUGAUACGUAUGAAGGACAGGUUUGCAACAUUAUUCAGCCAUGAUUCUGACUCAAUGCCACGUGUUUGGACUGGGAAGGAAGAUAUUCGGGCAAUUACAAAGACUGCUCGCUCUGCUUCCUUAAAGUUGCUCUCCGUUAUGGCUGCAAUCCGUUUGAAUGGUGACGCCGAUAAUAUUGAAAGUACAUUAUCUCUUGCUUUGGUUGAUUCUGCAAGCACGACUGCUAGUAAUAAGAGCAUUAUAGCAUAUGAUCCACUGGCUUCAAGCACUUGGGAACAGGUUCCAUCAUCAAAAACAUUGAUCACACCCGUACAGUGUAAAUCCUUGUGGAGGCAGUUCAAGGCAGAGACAGAGUAUACUGUUACUCAAGCAAUUUCUGCACAGGAAGCUAACAAACGUAAUAACAACUGGUUACCACCUCCAUGGGCCAUUGCUGCCUUAAUUAUCCUCGGAUUCAAUGAGUUCAUGACACUCUUAAGAAAUCCUCUGUAUCUUUUCGUCAUCUUUGUUGGCUUUCUACUUGCCAAAGCUCUUUGGGUGCAGUUGGACAUUUCUGGUGAAUUCCGCCACGGUGCUCUACCUGGUCUUAUAUCCUUGUCUACCAAGUUCCUUCCCACUGUUAUGAACCUUCUUAAAAAACUAGCGGAGGAAGGGCAAACAGUUUCAACAAACAACACGGGCAGAAACCCUCCAGUUGCAUCAAAAGGCAUCAGGAAUGGUGAAAGCACCAGCAGUGAAUUUUCAUCGAAUGCUUCCUCUGGGAUAACUUCAUCAGAAAAUAUAGUUGAUUACUCAAGUCCCUUGAAAGAAGACUAGAGGAAGUAAGUUAACCUGAAAGCAGGCAGUUGCUUUCUCUUUUUCCUUUUUUACAGAAAAACAAAAAAAAAAAAAAAGUUCUCAUGAUGCCUGUAUUCUGCUCACUCUGUUGUGGGGUGCUACACCGUGUGUGGUUCACGUAUUUCAACUUUUGAUAGCAUGUGAGAGUUUUAGGUCUUGAAGGCAUUGAUUUUUGUGCAAGUGCCGUAUACCAGGGGGCUGUGGCUUGAUGUGGAGAAGCCCCAUUAAUAGUCUACAUAUAUCUGAUUCUAGAUUUUGAGUUUUUUCCCUUAAUUUUGUUUUCAUUGGUUUGUUUAAUCAACAACUAGGCAUAUUUUUUUAACUACCUUAUCCUUGAUGGCCAAUUAUGCACCUAAAAUUUGUCCCUGUGAUUAUUGUAUCCACAAGCUUGAUUGUAUCUAAGUGAGAACCAUUAAUGGACCCUUUUUUAUUUUAGUUUGAAAAGGAAAUUUUCCGUAUUGUAAUUGGAAAAA